GUGCGCGCCCAUUUCCGCUUCGAUCACGACAAACUCUGCUGAGACUCACCACUCACUGGUUCACUGCAAACUUGAGCACCAGAAUAGUCUGACCGCGGGGAUUGGCCCCUCGGGGUAGGGUAACGAUGGGGUCGGAGGGCCCGAGGACCAUCUUUCAUGUCACUGGUUUCAAGAGGUUCCAGGGUGUUCACGAGAACCCGACGGAAGUGCUGGUUAGCGAACUAGAGGAGCAUAUGGCACGGAAUGGGGGUAUGCCAGCGGGCUCCGUCCUCGGGAGUUGUACGGUGCUUGAGACUGCGGCAAGCGGCGGGCUGAAAGCCCUUCUGGAGCUCUUGGACAAUGCACAAGAGGAGGAAGUUCGACCUUGCAAGUUGGACGCAAAUGUUGACGGAGAGGACACCUCUCUCUCCGCGGCGCCUCUGGCAAACAAGGCGCCGCCUCGGGCGAACGAGGUGCCACCUCGCAUAGUUUGGGUGCACUUUGGCGUCAACAGCGGGGCGUCCAAGUUCGCACUGGAGCGCCGGGCUGUGAAUGAGGCAAGCUUUCGGUGCCCAGAUGAGAUGGGCUGGCAGCCGCACAAGCAGCCGAUUGUCCCCGAGGAUGGGGGCAUGAACCACUGCCGGGAGACGAAGCUGAAUGCCGACCUCUUUGUCCGUUCGCUUCGAGUGCGCGGCUUUGAUGUCGCGCUUUCUGAUGACGCGGGACGAUUCGUCUGCAACUACGUGUAUUAUCAGUCGCUGCGGCACGCGGAAGCGAAUGGCAACAUGUCUGUGUUUAUUCACGUGCCCACUUUCGCUGUCGUGUCUAAGGAGCAGCAGUUCUGGUUUGUGGAGAAUGUGCUGGAGUUGUUGGCCAAUUGCGCAUGGUCUGACCAAGGUUCUCUCCGCGAGCAUACUUACUCACAAUAGGACUCUGUUUGGACUGGUUUCUGGACGUAAUUCGCAGUCACAUGCAUCCACAACCGGCUUCAUUUGCGUUCAGAUGCAUCCGGCCAGGAAAGAAGUCCUCGUCUUCUCAAUCGGAUUGGAAGGAAUGUGUGAGACCGACGCAUCAUCAGCCGUCGGAUCGUUUGUGUCUUUAGCGCAGUCGUCUCAAGAUUCUAUUGUGUGCAUAAAUGUAAAAUUGUAAAUAGAAUUAAGGAACUUGGAGCAGACCCACUUGGACCAGACACCAGACUUGAGGACCAUUCAUUGAAAUAUUAGUGUUAGUAUGAUGGGGUAAGGUCCAUGAGUGAUGGGAGGUGUGGGGAGUGGGAGGGUGCACUUAUUGUGUGUGAUAGUCUGUCUGACAGAGGGGGUUACUACGUGCUGCCUUUUGUGACCGUCGGUGGCUGGCAUCCGAGACAGAUGCAAGGAACCUGAGACCAUACAUUAAUGAUGAUGAGGAUACCAAACCACCGUGAGGGCUGACUCACACUAGGACUUUUUUCUAGUAAGCUCUGGACGGGAUUAUGGCCAGGUGCAGCCAGGUCGGGCCGUAAUUGCAGUCAGAUUCAUUUAGAAAAGUACUAGUGUGAAUAUAGUUAGGUUCUUCUUACUGUCCGAUUAGUGUAAAUAGAGAAACCACUGUGAAGGCCAACUCACACUAGGACCGACUUUUUCUACCAAGCUCUGGACACGAUUAUGGUCAGGUGCAUCCAGGUCGGGCCGUAAUUGCACUCAGAUUCAUUUAGAAAAGUACUAGUGUGAGUACGCCCUGAGUUAGAUUCUUUUACUGUUCGCUUAGAGCAUACUCGCACAUGGACUUUUAGAACGAAUCUGGCCUUGAUUGCAACUCUCUACACACAAUCGAUAACAGGCCAGCGCAAGUAAACCCUUAGCUCCCCCCCCUUUUCCCCCCUUGGGAGGGAGGGAUUCUCUCUCUCUGACAGAUCAUUUGGGCAGUCAUCAGGCUCUGUGGUCGGUUGCCGUCAAUAUCCGUACUGGGGACCUGCUUGAUGGACUGCUAUCAGUCCCUUUUUUCUUUUUUUUUUGGUUAUCAGACCCUAUAUUUGGGACUGCUUUUAGGUUUAUAUAAAUUUUCACUCUUUUUCACCACUUGGUACAAAUUGGGAGUGUAAAUAGAAUCCUGUAUGCCCAUCCUCCCCUAUAUAAUACGAGGAUAAGAUUGUUAUGGCCAUCCACACUCCACGGAUGAGUAAAUGGUCCCAUACAUG